AUGCCAAAGCAAUUCUUCGUCAACAUAUGGUGGCGUGCCAAAUGGCGAGAGAAUAUCUAUCCGGCCAAAAGACGCCAAUGGAUGAUUUGUUCCGGAAUGUACAAAAAGGACAAACUUGACGAGGAAGCAAAAAAGGGUGCAGAUGACAUGAAACGAUUUUGUGUGGCACGAAUAUCAUUUGUCAAAGGCUGGGGUCCGGAUUAUAGCCGCAAAAGCAUUAGUGAAUGCCCGUGCUGGAUUGAGGUGAAGAUGAAUAGGUAA